CCAAAGAGAACUACACAGAAAACCUUCACAAGACAAGCUGUCAGCAUGGACCAAGACAUGGUUGGAUACAUUGUUCUUCUGGUGAUUGUCACCCUCCUAAGUGUCAUCCAAAAUGCUUUUUUUGCAAGCAAAGUCGAACAAGAAAGCAAAAGCAACACAGGCAAAACAAAUCAGAAGUGUUGUCCAUCGGCUUUUGAACGUGUCUUUACUGCCAACCAAAAUUGCAGAGAUGCUUAUCCUACCUUUCUUGCUGUCCUUUGGUGUGCUGGCCUGCUGUGCAGCCAAGCUCCGGCUGCCUUUGCUGGGUUGAUGUAUUUGUUUGUGAGACAAAAAUACUUCGUUGGCUACUUGGGAGAAAGGACCCAGAGCACUCCUGGUUACAUCUUUGGAAAGCGCGUCAUAUUUUUUCUGUUCCUGAUGUCUGUUGCUGGAGUCUUCAAUUAUUACCUGGGUGUUUUUUUUGGAAGUGAUUUUCAAACGCAUAUAAAAACUGUAACCAAUGCUAUCUCUCCACUAUUGCUCAUCCCUUAAAAUCCUUGUAGAAUUGAAGGUGAGAUGGGACAGAAGACAUGUCUGUACUUAGCCAAUCAAUAUUUGGAGGAAAAAGGUUGAAAUGGAUGCAUAAAUCUCCUUUUAGGUUGCCAUAAAUCUAAUGCUCCUUGACUCUUGUGGUUUUGAUUUAACACAGCUUUUUUUCAUCCUACAAAAAAGUGAUUUAUUGUACCCAACCAGCAGAUUUGUGGUAGGAGAAGAAUAAUUUCCUACAAGUUACCCGGGGCU